GGCAUACUUCCCCGCCCCCCGACGCCCCUCGCGAUGUCCCUCCUUCUUCAACUAACCCUGUCCACAGGAGCCGUGAGAGCCAGGAACUUAUGAGGUUUGAAGUGUCUGUGUGGUGCAGCUGGUCUGGUCUGUCUCUAUACAGUCCAGGCUGCACCCGCCUACAAAAGGUGGAGGCUCACCAGGACAUGCACACCUCACAAGUUCCUGGCUCUCUCGACUCGGUUGAAGAUGGGUUUCUUCGAGAAGGAGAGGGCAGUGAGGCACAGUUCCCCGCCCCCCGACGCCCCCCGCGAUGUCCCUCCUUCUUCAACUAACCCUGUGCAGAGGAGCCGUGAGAGCCAGGAACUUAUGAGGUUUGAAGUGAGGCAUAGUUCCCCGCCCCCCGACGCCCCUCGCGAUGUCCCUCCUUCUUCAACUAACCCUGUCCAGAGGAGCCGUGAGAGCCAGGAACUUAUGAGUUUUGAAGUGAGGCAUACUUCCCCGCCCCCCGACGCCCCUCGCGAUGUCCCUCCUUCUUCAACUAACCCUGUCCACAGGAGCCGUGAGAGCCAGGAACUUGUGAGUUUUAUGAGGUUUGAAGUGAGGCAUAGUUCCCCGCCCCCCGACGCCCCUCGCGAUGUCCCUCCUUCUUCAACUAACCCUGUCCAGAGGAGCCGUGAGAGCCAGGAACUUAUGAGUUUUGAAGUGAGGCAUACUUCCCCGCCCCCCGACGCCCCUCGCGAUGUCCCUCCUUCUUCAACUAACCCUGUCCACAGGAGCCGUGAGAGCCAGGAACUUGUGAGUUUUAUGAGGUUUGAAGUGAGGCAUAGUUCCCCGCCCCCCGACACCCCUCGCGAUGUCCCUCCUUCUUCAACUAACCCUGUCCAGAGGAGCCGUGAGAGCCAGGAACUUAUGAGUUUUGAAGUGAGGCAUACUUCCCCGCCCCCCGACGCCCCUCGCGAUGUCCCUCCUUCUUCAACUAACCCUGUCCACAGGAGCCGUGAGAGCCAGGAACUUGUGAGUUUUAUGAGGUUUGAAGUGAGGCAUAGUUCCCCGCCCCCCGACGCCCCUCGCGAUGUCCCUCCUUCUUCAACUAACCCUGUCCAGAGGAGCCGUGAGAGCCAGGAACUUAUGAGUUUUGAAGUGAGGCAUACUUCCCCGCCCCCCGACGCCCCUCGCGAUGUCCCUCCUUCUUCAACUAACCCUGUCCACAGGAGCCGUGAGAGCCAGGAACUUAUGAGUUUUGAAGUGAGGCAUACUUCCCCGCCCCCCGACGCCCCUCGCGAUGUCCCUCCUUCUUCAACUAACCCUGUCCACAGGAGCCGUGAGAGCCAGGAACUUAUGAGGUUUGAAGUGUCUGUGUGGUGCAGCUGGUCUGGUCUGUCUCUAUACAGUCCAGGCUGCACCCGCCUACAAAAGGUGGAGGCUCACCAGGACAUGCACACCUCACAAGUUCUCUUGACUCGGUUGAAGAUGGGUUUCUUCGAGAAGGAGAGGGCAGUGAGGCACAGUUCCCCGCCCCCCGACGCCCCCCGCGAUGUCCCUCCUUCUUCAACUAACCCUGUGCAGAGGAGCCGUGAGAGCCAGGAACUUAUGAGGUUUGAAGUGAGGCAUAGUUCCCUGCCCCCCGACACCCCUCGCGAUGUCCCUCCUUCUUCAACUAACCCUGUCCAGAGGAGCCGUGAGAGCCAGGAACUUGUGAGUUUUAUGAGUUUUGAAGUGAGGCAUACUUCCCCGCCCCCCGACGCCCCUCGCGAUGUCCCUCCUUCUUCAACUAACCCUGUCCACAGGAGCCGUGAGAGCCAGGAACUUAUGAGGUUUGAAGUGUCUGUGUGGUGCAGCUGGUCUGGUCUGUCUCUAUACAGUCCAGGCUGCACCCGCCUACAAAAGGUGGAGGCUCACCAGGACAUGCACACCUCACAAGUUCCUGGCUCUCUCGACUCGGUUGAAGAUGGGUUUCUUCGAGAAGGAGAGGGCAGUGAGGCACAGUUCCCCGCCCCCCGACGCCCCCCGCGAUGUCCCUCCUUCUUCAACUAA